GAUCUAUUUUUGCGGAUCUUUUAGUGGAUGUGGUGAGGUUGCUGGUUUAGCUGGUGAUGAUGAAACGGGUGAUGUUUUCUAUCUGAUUCGUUUUUCAAACGGGACAACAAGUUUAUAUGCUCUUAAUCAAGACAUUCGGACAUCGUAUUUCAUCGCUUCAUCACAAGAUUUUCCUAUAUUACGACAAUUAAUUGUUGUUAAAGAGAAAAUGGUAUUUAUCACUGAUACGGGUGAAAUUGGUGUUUGUGAUAAGAAGCUUGGCUCAUUAAACAUCAAUUUGGCUCUCAAGAAUGUAGCACUUGUGCCAGUAUUUAAUUUGGAUUCUUUAAAACCAAUUAACUUCACAGGUGCUUUAGCAACAGAUGAUAGCACUGCUAGAAAUACACUUGUAUGGGCUACUGAGCCGAUGUCCCUGAAAGGAAAGACUAUUUUUAAGAUUACAUUGUACAAAGAACAGUGGGGUCGAGAUCGCUUUGUGGAUUAUUCAUUAGCGCACAGCUAUACAAUAAGUGACACACUUCUUCAUGAAUGGCCAUCAAAACAAAAAUAUGAUGCUGAAGUGGAAGCGCUGACUGCUUGGGAUAUGAUAUCAAUUAAUCAAAUUGGCUUAGUGGCGCCAACUAAACCACCAACUCCACCAAAAAAUCCCACUAUUUAUGCUACACAACAGAAAACGGUUGAUGGUGCACGGGCGCUAAUGGAUUUAUUCUGGGAUGAACCAGUGGAAUGGAACGGUGAAGCAUUGGGUUAUCUGAUUAAUUGUACGGUGGAUGGUUUGAAUGAACCGAUCGCAGAAGUGCCCGCCACAAUACGUUUCUACUCUUUUAGUGUGAAAUCUGGAAGUGUUAGUUGUGCUGUAGCAGCUUAUAAUGAACCAAAACUUGAAACAUAUUCGGAAGCUGUUACCAUUGAUAGUAGUGAAUUACGACCACUUGUUCGCUUAUUUGCAAUUGAUUCGAACAAUAAUGUAUUUUCCAUAUCAAAUUGGUCAUCUUCUUCAUCACAACUAUCAACACGUGCGAAACGACAGACUCCAUCACUACCAACAGUUACAGAACAAUCAAUAACAUAUAUUGGUAAUGAUUUGUAUUCAAUAAGAAAAGAUUCCGAUUCGGUACAACCAUUUCUACUUCGCCUUGACCCUAAUAAUGUGGAAAACAUUCUACAUAAGGUUUCAAUAGGUGGUGAAAUUGGUAAAGUUGAUGCAAUGACGUCUGAUUGGGUUGCUAAUCGUUUAUUAUUCGUUUCAACAGCAUAUGUUAUGCAACUACCUCUUGAUGCUAUUCAAAGUCUUUCGAUGAUUACGCCACGUCGUAUAAUGAAUCUUUCAUCGGGUGCCGGUGAUGCGAAGCAACUACUUUUUGAUCCAUUUUCAAACACAGGUUUUUUACUUACAAAAAAUGGUUCACUUUUUGCAUUGGAUUUCAAUACGGGUGUGGAAGAAAAUAUGGCUCUCAGGUUAGAAUGUCUGAAAUCAGAAACGAUAUCAUGGAUGGUGGCUGAUUUUGCCUGGAAUUUGGCUUCAUUACCGGCUAUUUAUGUGCUUACUUGGAAUGGUAUGGUACGCGUCGAUCUAACAUCUUUAGAAUGCGAAGAAAUAAAAUUUGCAUGGGAAAAAUUUGGAGAAAAAGGACCCAAAUCAAUACUAUCCUUUGCAAUCGCUGACAAAUUAUACAUUUUUGUCACCUCUUCCACGCUUAUUGUCUAUGAAUUAGGCUCUUCAACUGCAACACCAAUCGUCAUCAAUGGCUCACCUCUCAAACAAAUUCUUGUUGCCACCCAGUCUACCCAACCAUUUCCCGAGCGAUCCUGUUUUGUUUUACCACCAGCAUCGGAUAUUAAAUUUACGGUACAAAAUGAAGGACGAAAUGGAGCAUUAAUUUCGAUCAUUGAACCUCAGUUGCCCAACGGUAUCUCAUUGCCUCCAACGCAGUAUGAAAUUCAUUUCCAACGAAGAGGAUCUGAUAAAAUUCGCAAUAUUCAUAGUAUUAGCAAUGUCCUUCAUGUCGAGAAUGGUAUUCUGGACAAAGAAGUUGACUACGAUAUAUCGGUCUCAUGGUUUAACCGAUAUACACCAGUAUCAGAAGCUAGUGCAACACAAAUGCUUCGUACCGGUUAUGGUUUCCCAUCAUCACCACAGGACCCAACCGCUUUUGCAUUAACUCCAGAUGUUGUAUUGCUUUAUUGGAAACUACCUGCGAAACCGAAUGCACCAAUUUCUGAAAUCAAAUAUAUGAUUAGUCAACUUAGUACGACACAACUUUCACCCUCAGCUAUCGGCGCGCAGCAAUUUGAAGGAGUUCAUUAUGCCUCAACGCCAACAGACGUUGUUUCCUGCCAGAAUGACCCUUGUUCUGCAAAGAUUUCCAAUCUGCGACCUUCUACCGAUUACAAAUUUUGGAUACGUGCAAUUCAUGAAAGUCAUUUGAACAUGCAAUUUGUGGAUGAUGCAGAAGGAAAUUCCAUAGAAGCAUCAGUUCGUACGAAAGAUAUAGCUGGAACAUUGCGCCUUGAUAAUAUUACUGGUACCUCUGUUGUACUUCGAUGGAACUCACUGGAUCCUGAAUCUUAUCCAAAACGCAUAUCCAUCCAAUAUCGGAUGGUUUCAACGAAUGCUAUUUGGAAGUCACCAUAUAAUGCAUCAUUCGAAGGUUCUGCAAAGUCUGUAGCUAUUGUUGUGCGUGCAUUGCAUUCAGCCACCGCUUAUGAUUAUCGUUUUGCAGCUGAAUAUGCGGAUAGUUAUCGUUAUGCAAAUUAUGAUUACUCAUACAAUGAAACAUUUUUGCAAAUUUCACAACAAUUUCGAACAAAACCUGGAACUCCAUCAGCUCCAGCAAGUAUACGUCUUGUUCAGGAAUACAACGAAUGGAUUGUACGUUGGGAAAAGCCAUCAAAUGAUGGUGGUUCACCGAUCACUUCAUAUGCUCUUGAAUUUAGACCAAAUGAAGAUGCUGAAUGGGAGAUAGCUGAACGAGGAUUAGACGGUGCCUGUUUAUGGUGGAAACCAUUGAGAAUUAAUUUUCUUGCUGAAUGCGCCGAAUUUCGUAUUCGAGCGGCAAAUUCGGAAGGUUUUGGUGCAUAUGCAUAUUCGAAGUAUCAUAGCGAUCGUUUAGGAGAAUCGCACACUCAUUCGUUAUGGAUUAUAAUUAUUACGCUUCUGAUUGCUAUCGUUUUACUAACUACUAUUAUUGCUAUAUUGUUUGUGUAUUAUCAACGAAAUGAUAGAAAGGGCAAUAAGAUUCGAUUGCAAGAUAUAAGCUUGCAUGGUUAUACGAAUUCAGUCAGAAGAAAUAUUUUGCCUCCACACGUUAUCAAUGAUCUAAAAACUAUAUCUCGAGUACCAAAAAAUAGCAUCAGCCUUUUACGCAUAAUUGGGAAAGGAAGUUUUGGAGAAGUUUACGAAGGAAUUGUAGACGGAUUACCUCAGUCACCUGCAAAAGCAGUUCGGGUUGCUGUCAAAACUCUGAGAAGCGGAUUCUCUGAAUCAGGUCGAAUGAAAUUCCUUCAAGAAGCAAUUUUGAUGAACAGUUUCGACCAUCCAAAUAUUGUUAAAUUAUUGGGCGUAUCACUCGAAACAGAACCAUAUUUUCUGAUUAUUGAACUUAUGGAAGGCGGCGACCUUCUUGGAUUUCUUCGUUCUAGCCGUCCAUCUGAUUGUCUCCCGUCACAACUUUCGUUAUACGAACUGAUAGGAAUGAUGGUUGACGUAGGGCGUGGUGCCGCAUAUUUGGAAGUUAAAAAACGUGUACAUCGCGAUCUGGCAGCAAGAAAUUGUCUCAUUUCUUCAAGGAAUUCCAAUACACGAAUUACAAAAAUAGCGGAUUUUGGUCAUGCUCGUGAUAUUUAUACCAACGAUUACUACCGCGUACAUGGAGAUGAUUUCUUGCCAUUGCGAUGGUUAUCACCAGAAUCAAUUAAUGAUGGUAUUUUCACAUCAAAAAGUGAUGUAUGGUCAUUUGGUAUACUGCUGUGGGAAAUUUUAACUCUCGGACAACAACCUUUCUCAGGCAAAAAUAAUGUUCAGGUAAUAUCCUUUGUGAAGAAUGGUGGCAAGCUAGAGAAGCCACAAUUCUGUCCAGAUGAAAUUUUUGCUAUUGUGGAACGUGCUUGGAUUUACGAUCCAGAAGAACGUCCACGAUUUGCUGAUCUUUUGCCACAACUUGAAGCUUUGCGCGGUUGUCCAUUGUAUCAGGAGGAUACACCAUAUCCACCGAACUUUUCAUCACUGAAAACUGAUUCAAAUUUCGAGCUUUCAUUUAAUUCUAACAUAAGUCGUGGAGAAAGUGGGCGAAGUGAAAGCGUAAGAUUCGACAAGAGUGAUAAUCCUUCAGUAAAGAAACAGGGCCGUCCAUCAAUUUUACGAUCACUUCGUAGAGAGCGUCCGAGACCGCCUCCGAGUUUCGCUGAUUUGGAAGUUAUUAAUCGAAGGUCGAGGUCAGUGAAUAGCGUAACGAGUGAUAUCGAUUCAUUUAUUCAAGAAGUGCCGAAAAAACCACAUCACAAGAAAUCACAGAAAAAUCGACUAAAGCAUCAAGCACCUGAACCACCAAAUCGUUCUCCUGUAUCUUCUUCGUCGGCAAGUCCCCAUUCCUCUCCCAGAACUCCGUCAUCCGGUGACAGUGACAUUCCAUCAAUAUAUAUUCGGCCAGCACGAGAAGAUUUGGUGGCAUUAACAGUCAGGGUAGAUGCAAUUAAUGCAGAUUUAGAGACAUUAGCUCAGAAAUACAAAUCGAUCAAUCCAGUAGCUGAUCAAUCAAGAGAAGAAUUUGCAUGGAAAGAAAUAAAUAUAGAUCAACAAGGAGAGAACUGGCCAGACAGUUGGGAAUCGAAGGCUACUAGAUUGAUCUAG